GAGGCCGCAGAUUGGCUGGCCGCGCCUCCGCGGCACUUCAAAGCCGGAGAGGGAGCUACAAUUGUGGUGGAAUGGGCGGAACUGAUCAUUGUAUUGCACACCUCUAAAAAAAACACUGCCUCUGAUUUAUCAAUAUAAAAAAGAUCCUCUGAGAGGAGGAGGGCACUUUUGUGUGAUGGCAACUUCACUUCUAGGGGAAGAACCGAGGUUGGGAUCGACUCCUCUGGCCAUGCUUGCUGCUACCUGUAAUAAGAUCGGCAGCCCCAGCCCGUCUCCCUCCUCCCUCUCGGACAGCUCAUCUUCCUUCGGCAAAGGCUUCCACCCCUGGAAACGUUCCUCGUCCUCUUCCUCUGGCAGCUGCAACGUGGUGGGCUCCAGUCUUUCAAGCUUCGGUGUGUCAGGAGCCUCCAGGAACGGCGGCUCGUCUUCGGCCGCGGCGGCGGCGGCGGCGGCAGCGGCGGCGGCCGCGGCCCUGGUGUCCGACUCCUUCAGCUGCGGCGGCUCGCCCGGCUCUAGCGCCUUCUCCCUAACCUCCAGCAGCGCUGCCGCCGCCGCUGCGGCCGCCGCCGCCGCUGCCUCGAGCUCGCCCUUCGCAAACGACUACUCGGUGUUCCAGGCCCCUGGCGUAUCCGGCGGCAGCGGCGGCGGGGGCGGCGGCGGCGGCGGCUCCUCGGCGCACUCGCAGGACGGCUCCCACCAGCCCGUGUUCAUCUCGAAGGUGCACACCUCGGUGGACGGCCUGCAGGGCAUCUACCCGCGCGUGGGCAUGGCGCAUCCGUACGAGUCGUGGUUCAAACCCUCGCACCCCGGCCUGGGAGCCGCAGGCGACGUGGGUUCGGCCGGCGCCUCCAGCUGGUGGGACGUGGGCGCGGGCUGGAUCGACGUGCAGAACCCAAAUGGCGCGGCGGCGCUGCCCGGCUCGCUGCACCCUGCCGCCGGGGUCCAAACCUCGCUGCACUCGCCGCUCGGAGGCUACAACUCGGAUUACUCAGGCCUGAGCCACUCCGCCUUCAGCAGCGGCGCCUCUUCUCAUCUGCUCAGCCCCGCGGGACAGCACCUCAUGGACGGCUUCAAACCGGUGCUGCCCGGCUCCUACCCGGACUCGGCCCCGUCGCCGCUGGCCGGCGCUGGGGGCUCCAUGCUGAGCGCGGGGCCGUCGGCGCCGCUGGGGGGCUCUCCGCGCUCUUCCGCCCGCCGCUACUCCGGCCGCGCCACCUGCGACUGCCCUAACUGCCAGGAGGCCGAGCGGCUGGGCCCGGCCGGGGCCAGCCUGCGGCGUAAGGGCCUGCACAGCUGCCACAUCCCAGGCUGCGGCAAGGUGUACGGCAAGACGUCGCACCUCAAGGCGCACCUGCGCUGGCACACGGGCGAGCGGCCCUUCGUGUGCAACUGGCUCUUCUGCGGCAAGCGCUUCACGCGCUCCGACGAGCUGCAGCGGCACCUGCGGACCCACACCGGCGAGAAGCGCUUCGCCUGUCCCGUCUGCAACAAGCGCUUCAUGCGCAGCGACCACCUCAGCAAGCACGUGAAGACGCACAGCGGCGGCGGCGGCGGCUCCGCGGGAUCGGGCAGCGGCGGCAAGAAGGGCAGCGACACCGACAGCGAGCACAGCACCGCAGGCAGCCCGCCCUGCCACUCCCCGGAGCUGCUGCAGCCCCCCGAGCCCGGGCACCGCAAUGGCCUGGAGUGACGCGCACCCCGCCCUGGCCCCUCUCCCCGACCCCCCGCCCACCCCUGUCCGCUGGGCCCUGUCGGUCCUGGGCCCAGCUCCAGCCUCUCUCCA